AUGGGUUGCUGUCAGUCGACUGAAGCACAAGAAGACAAGGCUCGCAAUGAAGAGAUUGAGAACCAGAUCAAACGCGACAAGCUCAAUCUUCGCAAUGAAGUCAAGAUGUUAUUAUUAGGUGCUGGUGAAUCGGGCAAAUCAACGAUUUUGAAACAAAUGAAAUUGAUACACGACGAUGGCUAUUCACUGGAUGAAAGAGAGGCGUUCAAGGAAAUCAUCUUUUCCAACACGGUGCAAUCGAUGCGUGUUAUUUUGGAAGCCAUGGAUGAGAUGGGAGUGGCAUUAGACAACCCUGAGAAUGCCCAUCAUGCCACUGUCAUUAUGGAAAUGCCAGCUCAAAUCGAACGUGAUGCAUUGCCACCCGAGGUGACACAAGCUGUCCGUGGUCUUUGGAAGGAUCCAAAUCUCCAGAGUGUCUUUGAAAGAAGUCGAGAAUAUCAACUUAAUGAUUCAGCCAAAUAUUACUUUGACUCGAUUGAUCGAAUCGGGGAUCCCAAUUAUGUGCCCACUGAUCAGGAUGUAUUACGCUCACGUGUCAAGACCACUGGUAUCACCGAAACAACCUUCAACAUUGGCGAGCUGACUUAUCGCAUGUUUGAUGUCGGCGGCCAACGAUCCGAGCGCAAAAAGUGGAUUCAUUGUUUCGAAAAUGUCACUGCCAUCAUCUUUUUGGUUGCUAUUUCGGAAUACGAUCAAGUACUCAUUGAAGAUGAGACUGUGAAUCGUAUGCAAGAAGCAUUGACGCUAUUUGAUUCCAUUUGCAAUUCACGGUGGUUUGUAAAGACAUCCAUCAUCUUGUUCCUUAACAAGAUUGAUAUCUUCAAGGAAAAACUACCCAAGCACCCCCUUGCAGAAAGCUUCCCCGAUUUCCAAGGACCCAACACGUACGAUGCUGCCAGUGAAUACAUUCUCAACCGCUUUGUGUCAUUGAAUCAAUCCGAUACAAAGCAGAUUUAUACCCAUUUCACCUGCGCUACCGAUACCAAGCAAAUCAAAUUCGUCAUGGCAGCUGUCAACGACAUUAUCAUCCAAAACAACCUUCGAGAUGUUGGCUUGCUAUAA